AUGGGUACCCUGCUCACUGACAUGUAUGGCCCACUGUCAUUGGGACAGUAUCAGGCCCCGGACCCUGCUAAGCUUAAGCACGUAUCCGUUCGAACCCCCGUUCGCCGUCUUCCCGUUUUAGCCUCCGCAGCACCGUCGGGCGCCGCGGCGGCGGCGGCGAGGGAGCGCAGGCGCUUCCUGGAGCGCUACGGGCUCAACCCAGAUGACUUCGAGGAAGAUGCAGAGGAGGAUCCAAGGGAAGAGAGGAGAGACAGGCGGAGGCGGCGGCAGUCGGGGAGAGGGGAGCAAACUGCGGAAGCGGCAGUGACUCCAGCGAAGGCGGCGGAGCCUCGGGAGACUCACAAAAUGCUUCAGGUGCUAGGUGGAAAAGUCCGCAGAAGGAAAUUACUUUCACCCAAAGAUAGGAAUGUCCGUCCAAUGAUGGAAGUUGUCCGAGGAGCAGCCUUUGACAUUUUACAAUCAGCUGGUGGUUCUCCUGCUUCACUUAGACCAGGUCGGUGGCUAGACUUGUAUAGUGGUACUGGAUCUGUUGGAAUUGAAGCUAUGAGCCGAGGAUGUUCAGAGGCACAUUUUGUUGAGAUGGAUCCUUGGGUCAUAUCUGAGGUCCUCAAACCAAAUCUGGAGUGUACUGGAUUUACUGAUGUAUCACACAUACAUAUGCUCCGUGUUGAAAAAUUCUUGGCCAAUGCAGAAAAAUCCCAAGGUAAAUAUCCUUCCUUUGAUUAUAUUAGUGUAACACCACCAUAUCUGGAGGUCAACUACAGCACACUACUCGCCCAACUUGCAAGGUCACCAUUGGUUGGAAAAGAUUGCUUCAUCCUAGUUGAGUACCCAUUGAAAACAGAUAUGGCUGAAUCCUGCGGAAACCUUAUAAAGAUAGCUGACAGGAGGUUUGGUAGGACCAACUUGCUAAUAUAUGGGCCAACUUGGUGUAAUGACAAAGAGGGCUUUCUGUACCAUAACAUCACUCGUGAAGAAGUGUAA